GCCGAGGGGCCGGCAGGAGCGCAGCCCGAGCGGGAGGCGGAGCCGAGGGAGGGCCAAAGCGGGAGGGGGUAAAAUCCGGGCCGGAGCAGCCUUUUUCUCCGCCCCCCCCACCCUCCUCACUGCGCGCCACCUCCCCCUCCCCACCUCUCUCUCCCGGCCCCCCCCACCGCACCCCACCCCCACCUCGCGUACUGCUCCUCGCGACCUGGAUUUUCUCCCUGUGCCACGAUGAACAAAUGAGCUCGUGCGGGGGAAUGAAAUUUAAAUUUCAGUCAGGGGAGAAAGUGCUGUGCUUCGAGCCCGACCCCACUAAGGCGCGAGUCCUGUACGAUGCCAAGAUUGUUGAUGUUAUUGUUGGGAAAGAUGAGAAGGGCAGAAAGAUCCCAGAAUAUCUGAUCCAUUUUAAUGGUUGGAACAGAAGCUGGGAUAGAUGGGCAGCUGAAGAUCAUGUUCUUCGUGACACAGAUGAAAAUCGUAGAUUACAACGUAAAUUGGCCAGAAAAGCUGUAGCUCGCAUGAGAAGAAAAGGAAGGAAGAAGAGACGCUGCAGGUUGCCAGGUGUUGACUCUGUGUUAAAAAGUCUUCCUGCCGAGGAAAAAGAUGAAAAUGAUGAAAACUCCAUAAGUAGCUCUUCUGAUGAUAGUAGUGAAGAAACAGAUGAGGAAAUAAGAAGUGAAGAAAGUGACAUUGAAGAGAAAACAGAAAUGAAAGAAGAACAGGAAUUUCAUACCAAAAGGGACAUGGAAGAAAGAACAAUAAGUAUAGAAAUACCUGAAGUUUUGAAGAAGAAGCUUGAAGAAGAUUGCUACUACAUUAACAGGAGAAAACGUCUUGUGAAACUUCCAUGCCAAACUAACAUAAUAACCAUUCUGGAAUCAUAUGUGAAACAUUUUGCCAUCAAUGCAGCUUUCUCAGCCAAUGAAAGAUCUCGUCACCACCAAACCACUCCACAUGUGAACAUGAAUGUGCAUUAUAUCCCACCAGAAAAAAAUGUUGAACUUUGUAAGGAAAUGGUUGAUGGAUUAAGGAUAACCUUUGAUUUCACGCUGCCAUUGAUUUUGCUUUAUCCAUAUGAACAAGCUCAAUAUAAAAAGGUGACUUCAUCAAAGUUUUUUCUUCCAAUCAAGGAGAGUGCAACAAAUACAAAUAGGAAUCAGGAGGAACUGUCACCAAGUCCACCCUUGUUAAAUCCACCAACUCCUCAGUCCACAGACAGUCAGCCUGGUACAGGAGAGCCAGCAACACCCAAAAGGCGAAAAGCUGAACCAGAAAUGUUACAAUCUCUAAGGCGUUCUACACGUCACACAUCUAGCUGCGACAGGUUAUCUGAAAGUAGUGCUUCUCCACAGCCUAAGCGAAGACAUCUUGACACCUCUGCCACCAUGCCAAAACUGUUUUUGCAUUUGGAAAAGAAAACCCCAGUUCAUAGUGGAUCAUCUUCACCUAUUACUUUGACUCCUAGCAAAGAAGGGAGUGCAGUGUUUGCUGGCUUUGAAGGUAGAAGAAAUAAUGAAUUAAAUGAGGUGCUCUCUUGGAAACUUAUGCCAGAGAAUUAUCCCCAAAGUGAUCAACCUCCUCCUCCUUCAUAUAUUUAUGGGUCACAGCAUUUGUUGCGAAUGUUUGUAAAACUUCCAGAGAUCCUUGGGAAGAUGUGCUUUUCUGAUAAGAACCUUAAGGCUUUGGUUAAGCACUUUGAACUCUUUCUGAGGUUUUUAGCUGAAUAUCAUGAUGAUUUCUUCCCUGAAUCUGCUUAUGUAGCUGCAUGUGAGGCCUACUACAGCACCAAGAAUCCCCGGGCAAUUUACUAAAAGUAAAAAUUUUUGAUGAAAAUAUAAAAAAAAUUCUCUCCAUAGAGAUGUUUAUACUGUUACUUUGCCAUGUCGAUAACAGAUGAAAAAACUAAUGGAAAUAGCAUGGCUUUUCUUUUUAGAUAGACCAAAAAGAGAACGAGACAGCUGGAUUCUUUGGCAGAAAUGGAUCACUUUUUUGUCUGAGUUGCCCAAUUACUGCAGUAUGACUUUCUCUAAUAUUUUUUAUAAAUAUCGCUUCUAGAUGACUUAAGGAACUACAUCAACAUCUAAUGCUUAGAACUGCAUAUUUUCUCUUUUAAGAUGCGAUAAGAGCAGCUAUAGUAGUUGUAGAACAUUUCAUGAAAGUGUAAAUAACUUGAUUCAGCAAAAAAUGUGAAGUUGAGGUUUAUUUUCUUGCCAUGGAACUAAGUUUAUUCUUAUGAGGAAAAAUAAAUGUCCUGUGGAUUUUAUUUCAUAAUUGCUCUUAGAGGGAAAACAAAUGGAUGGAAAAACACAUAAAUCAAAGCUUUUGGUUUAUAUUUCUGGAAAACAUUUUCAGUUACUUGAAUAAAAUAUUGCCUUUGUUUUCAGACCAA